CAGUGGAAGAUUAUUAAAUUAUAAAUUCAUCAGUCAUCAACUCAUAUUCAUCAUGUCCAAUCAAAUUUCGAAUAUAUCCACUCCUGUGUGAGUGGUUAUCGAUAAAAUAUAAAUUGAAACAAAAACAACAAUUGACAGACACGAGGUUGUUCAUUGAAAAAAUGAGAAGAUACCUACUAGUUUUGUAUUUUCGUACACAAAGGGGGUAUUUGUUCAUGAGAUAAUUUUUCCAUAAUAAUUCCUUACAUUUUCCUUUAAUUGAAAUUAUGGAUAUUCGCCAGCAGAAACAAUAUGAAAAUUUUCUGGAGCCCAGAAGACAAGAGAUUAGUAAUUUUUUGUGGAUAUCCAAACAUUGGGACCCAAAAAUUGCAUUCAAACAGGGAUCAAGAAGACCCACACCAGCUUCGCACAAAGAAGCAGUGUUGCAGAGCCCCAGAAUACAAGAAUUGUUGAAUGAACUGAGCAGACAACAAAAUAUUCCAAAAUCUCAACUAGAGAAACAAAUUCGAACAAUACUUGAUGAAAUAGGAUAUGACAGAAAAAUGAAAGUCGUUAGAUGGCUUGGGUUAGCCUUAACAAAAAUAUGUAUGAAAGUUCUUUCUGGUCUAUAUAUAAAUACAGCCAAAGUUCAGGAGAUCAAGUCAGUGAUGGGAAAUUGUCCAGUCAUAUUUGUACCUAGUCAUCGGAGUUAUGGAGAUUUUAUAUUGAUGGCAUACCUUACAUUCACAUAUGAUGUAGAAAUACCUGCUGUAGCUGCAGGCAUGGAUUUUCAUGGUAUGUGGGGUAUGGGAACAGUACUGAGAGACACAGGAGCUUUUUUCAUGAGAAGAUCAUAUAAUGAUGAUAGUUUAUACUGGACAACUUUCAAAGAAUAUGUCUAUCAACUAGUCACCAAAGCAGAUGUGCCUAUUGAAUUUUUCCUUGAGGGCACUAGAAGUAGAAGUAAUAAAUCAUUGCCUCCAAAAUUUGGACUCCUGUCUAUGAUUUUGAAAGCACUAUUUUUGUCACAAGUGCCAGAUAUACUAUUCGUUCCGAUUAGUAUUAAUUAUGACAGAAUUCUUGAAGAAAACUUAUUUACUUACGAGUUACUUGGAGUUCCAAAACCAAAAGAAACCACAUCUGGCUUCUUCAAGUCGCUCAAAAUCAUAAAAGAACAUUUUGGGGAUAUUUUCAUUCAUGUAGAUGAAGCAAUAUCUGCCAAGAAAUAUUUUGAGGGCAAAAUUCAGAGAACUUCGCAUAACGUUGGACCCAUUCACCAACAAGAUAUGACAGAAGAAGAAAAAAAUCUUAUACCACAAUUUGCAAAUGAGAUUGUACAUAGGCAGCAGAAAAAUAAUGUUUUGACUGUAUUCAAUUUGAUAGCACUUGUUAUAAAUAACAAUUAUGCCAAUCAAAGAGUUUCUUUUACCUUGGAUGAAUUGACGAAACAAGUAAUGUGGAUGAAACAAAUUCUGGAAACGUUGGGAUGCUUCAUUCACACAACCAAUUUAGAAAAGAGUAUCAAAGAUUCUUUCAUCAUACACUCCAACUUAAUCAGACUGGAUUCCGAGAACAAAGUGUGCUUGAUAUCGAAUGAAGUAACUCAAGAAAAGAUCAGUCCUUUGAAAUUGAAAGGUCAUGCCUUGUCCGACAAAACAAUGACUUACUCUGUUCCAUUUAUUAUGUUACAGAUCUAUGUCAAUCCAAGUCUUCACUAUUUUGUAGACGUGGCUAUUUUAGCCAUUAUUUUGAACAAGAGAAGUAGUUUAAUUAAAGAUGAAUUAUUUCAGACCUACUACUUCUUGAGAUCUCUAUUUGCGAAGGAAUUUAUCAUUUUUACUUCUCUGAUGGGAAUGGAAUUUGAAACUGCUGUAAAUAAUGGAAUAAAUUUUGGCAUAAUAGAAUGUACUGACAGUGGCUGUCAUUACCAAUUGGGAAGUAAUAACAAACUGACAGAAUUUCUAUUAAAUGCUUUGGAGCCAUUUCAAUUAUCUUAUUUCAUCACUUUCUCUGUGCUACAGGGAGCUUCAUUGCUAACAGAUGAAAAAACCAUUCUUGCCAACGUCCAACAAGUUGUAGAAAAUGCUAUAAGUAUAAAUAAGGAAUUCAUACAUCCAUAUUGUUUGAAUUUAGACACAUUAACAAAUUGUUUGAGUACGUUAUGCAGCAUGAAUAUAAUGAAAAAAAGCAGAAGGGAUAACAAAAAUAUGUAUUCUGGAAAUUCAGAAAAAUUAAGGGCAAUAUGUGAAAGAUUUGAGAUAUACAUUCCAAAUUGCCAUAUGAGGAAAACUACUGUCCUGAACUUGACUCUUCAAAACAAAUUAUAAAAACUACCAGAAAUAUUUUAGAUGUGUGGACUGGUGUACUACAUUUUUGUGUUCAUUUUUUUUAUUACUGUUUGUGUUUUUUGUUUUACAUAGAUCUUGUUAUGUUGUGCAAUAAAUUGAACAAAUUAUAA